AUGGCCGCGGGGGCAGCGCCCUCGGGGAGCCGGCCGGCCUGCGGCGGCGGCAGCGGCGGCGUUUCUCGCCUCCUCUUCGUCUUUUCUAACCGUACAGCCUCUUCCUCGGCUUCUCCUGAAAGGGAAGGUGGAAGCCGUGGGCUCGGGCGGGAGCCGGCUGAGGCGCGGCGGCGGCGGCACCUCCCGCUCCUGGAGCGGGGGGGAGAAGCGGCGGCGGCGGCGGCCGCGGCGGCUGCAGCUCCAGGGAGGGGGUCUGAGUCGCCUGUCACCAUUUCCAGGGCUGGGAACGCCGGAGAGUUGGUCUCUCCCCUUCUACUGCCUCCAACACGGCGGCGGCGGCGGCGGCACAUCCACGGACCCGGGCCGGUUUUAAACCUCCAGUCCGCCGCCGCCGCACUCCCCGUGGCCCGGGCUCCGGAGGCCGCCGGAGGAGGCAGCCGUUCGGAGGAUUAUUCGUCUUCUCCCCAUUCCGCUGCCGCCGCUGCCAGGCCUCUGGCUGCUGAGGAGAAGCAGGCCCAGUCGCUGCAACCAUCCGGCAGCCGCCGCAGCAGCCAUUACCCGGCUGCGGUCCAGAGCCAAGCGGCGGCAGAGCGAGGGGCAUCAGCUACCGCCAAGUCCAGAGCCAUUUCCAUCCUGCAGAAGAAGCCUCGCCACCAGCAGCUUCUGCCAUCUCUCUCCUCCUUUUUCUUCAGCCACAGGCUCCCAGACAUGACAGCCAUCAUCAAAGAGAUCGUUAGCAGAAACAAAAGGAGAUACCAAGAGGAUGGAUUCGACUUAGACUUGACCUAUAUUUAUCCAAACAUUAUUGCUAUGGGAUUUCCUGCAGAAAGACUUGAAGGCGUAUACAGGAACAAUAUUGAUGAUGUAGUAAGGUUUUUGGAUUCAAAGCAUAAAAACCAUUACAAGAUAUACAAUCUUUGUGCUGAAAGACAUUAUGACACCGCCAAAUUUAAUUGCAGAGUUGCACAAUAUCCUUUUGAAGACCAUAACCCACCACAGCUAGAACUUAUCAAACCCUUUUGUGAAGAUCUUGACCAAUGGCUAAGUGAAGAUGACAAUCAUGUUGCAGCAAUUCACUGUAAAGCUGGAAAGGGACGAACUGGUGUAAUGAUUUGUGCAUAUUUAUUACAUCGGGGCAAAUUUUUAAAGGCACAAGAGGCCCUAGAGUUCUAUGGGGAAGUAAGGACCAGAGACAAAAAGGGAGUAACUAUUCCCAGUCAGAGGCGCUAUGUGUAUUAUUAUAGCUACCUGUUAAAGAAUCAUCUGGAUUAUGGACCAGUGGCACCGUUGUUUCACAAGAUGAUGUUUGAAACUAUUCCAAUGUUCAGUGGCGGAACUUGCAAUCCUCAGUUUGUGGUCUGCCAGCUAAAGGUGAAGAUAUAUUCCUCCAAUUCAGGACCCACACGACGGGAAGACAAGUUCAUGUACUUUGAGUUCCCUCAGCCGUUACCUGUGUGUGGUGAUAUCAAAGUAGAGUUCUUCCACAAACAGAACAAGAUGCUAAAAAAGGACAAAAUGUUUCACUUUUGGGUAAAUACAUUCUUCAUACCAGGAACAGAGGAAACCUCAAAAAAAGUAGAAAAUGGAAAUCUAUGUGAUCAAGAAAUUGAUAGCAUUUGCAGUAUAGAGCGUGCAGAUAAUGACAAGGAAUAUCUAGUACUUACUUUAACAAAAAAUGAUCUUGACAAAGAAAAUAAAGACAAAGCCAACCGAUACUUUUCUCCAAAUUUUAAGAUGAAGCUGUACUUCACAAAAACAGUAGAGGAGCCGUCAAAUCCAGAGGCUAGCAGUUCAACUUCUGUAACACCAGAUGUUAGUGACAAUGAACCUGAUCAUUAUAGAUAUUCUGACACCACUGACUCUGAUCCAGAGAGUGAACCUUUUGAUGAAGAUCAGCAUACACAAAUUACAAAAGUCUGAUUUUUUUUUUAUCAAGAGGGAUAAAACACCAUGAAAACAAACUUGAAUAAACUGAAAAUGGACCUUUUUUUUUUAAUGGCAAUAGGACAUUGUGUCCGAUUACCAGUUAUAGGAACAAUUCUCUUUUCCUGACCAAUCUUGUUUUACCCUAUACAUCCACAGGGUUUUGACACUUGUUGUCCAGUUGAAAAAAGGUUGUGUAGCUGUGUCAUGUAUAUACCUUUUUGUGUCAAAAGGACAUUUAAAAUUCAAUUAGGAUUAAUAAAGAUGGCACUUUCCCAUUUAAAAAAAAAUAAAAUAAAGCUAU